UAAGGUAUCUCUUUGCUAGGACAGAGGCAAUUCUGGUUAAUCUUUAACCAACAUGACUGUCUGAGGAGGUGUAUAAAAUGGGGAAAAUUCUGUUGAUCUGCCCGCAGCAAAGAGGACAAUAAAAGGUUGUAAAGAUGCAUCAUUUCUUUGCAAGCUGCACUGUCGUGGCAUUGCUGCUGGCUGCAUGCCUGGCAGACCACCACCAUGGAGAUAACAUGAAAUGCCACGGGCUGUCCCCUCCCAAUGCAGAUUUUGCCUUUGCCCUUUAUAAAACCCUGAAAGCCAAAGCAGGUGCUGCAGAGAACAUCUUCUUCUCCCCACUGGGCAUCUCCACCGCCCUGUCCCUACUGUCCACAGGGGCACAUGGUGAGACCCACAGCCAGCUGUUUUCCACUCUUGGCUACAGUGGGAAGGAGCAGGCUACGAUCAACCAAGGGUACAAGCAUCUUUUUCAUAAACUUGGCGAAAACAAUGUGCACCAGGAGCUUGAUGUCACUAAUGCAGUUGCUUUAGACUCCCACUUCAGUCCCUGUGACUCCUUCAUAAAAAAUGCCAAGGAAUUCUACUCUGCUGAGGUCCUCAAGGUUGACUUUGGGAAAUCUCAAGAGGCUGCGGCUGAGAUCAACUCAUACAUAGCUAACAAAACCCGUAACAUGAUUAAAGAUCAUGUUAAGGAAUUGGAUGAAAACAUGGCUAUGAUGCUGAUCAACACGGUCUACUUCAAAGGAGCGUGGGACAGACCCUUCAACAACUCACUGACAAGAAAGGCUGACUUCCAUGUGGACGAUACUACCAAAGUGGAAGUUGACAUGAUGAUGAGGACAGGUCGUUAUGAAAUGUAUUACGACGAUGACAACAGCACCACCGUCCUCAUGCUGCCGUACAAAGGCAACACGUCCAUGAUGAUUGUCCUGCCUGAUGAGGGCAAGAUGAAGAGCGUGGAAGGCUACAUCAACAAGGACUACAUUAAGCACUGGCACGACUCUACUUAUAAACAAUCUGUGGACGUGUUCUUACCCAAAUUCUCAAUUUCUGCUGAAGCUGCCUUGGACAGCACAUUGAAAGAAAUGGGAAUAAGCGCUGCUUUCGAAGACACUGCCGAUUUCUCUGGGAUUUCGGAUGAUGUCGCGCUUAAGCUAUCUAAGGCAUCCCAUGAGGCAGUUCUGACCAUUGACGAAAUUGGGACCGUAGCAGUAGGCGUCACUACAGUGGAGGUUAUGCCAAUGAGUAUGCCUAUGAAGUUUAGACUGGAUAGACCCUUCUUGGUCUUUAUCCUGGAAGACUCCACCUGCAGCAUCCUCUUUAUGGGCAAGAUCAGUAACCCCACAGCCAAGUAAAUAAAUGAAUGUUCCGUAAGUGUUUUUUUUUUCAACCUCAUAAAAUUUAAUGUUAUGCAUUGCCAUUUGGUCAUGUAAAGAGGUAUAAAAUUAAUCAAUUCAAGUCAUCGGAUAACAAAAAUGUGUCUUUCAGUCUUGCCAAAAGGUCAACAGUUAUCAGAACCAAGCCAAACGGCUAAUUGUCUGAACACAUUGUCAACAUGGUAUUCAAUGGUGGCGUAUACAUGGCUAAUAACCAUUGGCAAAAGAAUGAGCAAAUGGUGUUGCUGUUUCAGCAUUGUUCAACUUAAAGAAAUAAAGAUGAGGAUGAACGAUUAUA